AUGAAUGGAACUUGCGAAACUGUUACGGCCCCUGACAGAGCGACCGCUCAGGUAACCGAGCCGUCGACUUCCGUCCAACUCCCAAACCUCACUUCUAUGGUUAAAAGUAGCGAACCAGAGUUGACUCAGCUGAUGGUUGGAAAGAAAGUGCUGUCGACUCUUUCUAUGCAUUUUCCUCUCGCUGAGAAGCUGCUCGACGAUAGAUUCACAGAGUUGCAGAACCGCUCUAACGAUUGCAAAGCUCCAUCUGCAUUUGACUACUUUCUCAGCCAAAGAGUUGUGCAUCUGCAGGAGAAGGUUGUUGCACCGGUUCGUGAGUAUCCGCAGAUCAACUUUGCUGGCCGUCUUUUUGGACCUCGGGGUCGACGGCUUCGUGCGCUGGAGAGCGAUUUGGAUUGCAGAAUAACGGUUUUGCGCGGCGGAGGUGCUGCAGGCCAGGCAAACCGAGGGACGAACGCAGGCCAUCAGUCAAAUGCUACGAAAGCUCCUGCAGAAGAUUUAGCCGUACUGAUAGAAGUCGUGGAUGCUGCCUGCGAAGCCAACGCAAAGCUUCAACGAGCCGUCACCAGGAUUAAUGAAAUAUUCAAGGCUGUGCCUUCCCGAUACCGCCAGCUGAAAAGCAAGCAGCCGGUGUCUGUCGUGGUGAACGCGGUUUCAAAUGAUAAAAAAUCUGUCAUUGUAGAUUCUGAGGGUUUUCAGCUGGUUCAGUGUCGCCGUCGUCGUAAGUGA